GAAGUCCUCUAUUCUUAGAUCGGAGCUGCAGUUCUUCUUCGACGCCCCCUAAACAAGUGUGCCAGAGACGAGACGGAGUCCCCUAUUCUUAGACCGGAGCUGCAGUUCUUCUUCGACGCCCCCUAAACAAGUGUGCCAGAGACGAGACGGAGUCCCCUAUUCUUAGACCGGAGCUGCGGUUCUUCUUCGACAACCCGUAAACAAGUGUGCCAGAGACGAGACGGAGUCCCCUAUUCUUAGACCGGAGCUGCGGUUCUUCUUCGACGCCCCCUAAACAAGUGUGCCAGAGACGAGACGGAGUCCCCUAUUCUUAGACCGGAGCUGCAGUUCUUCUUCGACGCCCCCUAAACAAGUGUGCCAGAGACGAGACGGAGUCCCCUAUUCUUAGACCGGAGCUGCAAUUCUUCUUCGACGCCCCCUAAACAAGUGUGCCAGAGACGAGACGGAGUCCCCUAUUCUUAGACGGGAGCUGCAGUUCUUCUUCGACGCCCCGUAAACAAGUGUGCCAGGGACGAGACGGAAGUCGUGUUUGUGGGCGGGAGGCGGACUGGACACCACAACUACAUCACCUUCCGCUCUGCUCAGGUUCUUUUGGUUUGGUGCUUCCAAUAAAGGCUACAGUGUAAUGGCUUUACCAUGAAGGCUCAAUUACAAGUCACCGUGUUGUCAGCCAAGCUAAAGGAGAAUAAAAAGAACUGGUUUGGCCCCAGUCCUUACGUUGAGGUGGUUGUCGAUGGCCAGUCCAAGAAGACCGAGAAGUGUAACAACACACACAGCCCCAAAUGGAAGCAAGCCCUCACGGUAAUUGUCACCCCCUUCAGCAAACUUGUUUUCCGUGUUUGGAGCCACCAGACGCUGAAGGCAGACAUCCUUUUGGGAAUGGCUGCGCUGGAUAUAGGCACGCUUCUUAAGGCGAAUGACUUGAGACUGUGUGAGGUGGUGCAGACGCUGCAGCUCAUCUCGGACAGGGACCCCCAGGACGUUGUGGGGGACCUGUCGGUUUGCUUGGACGGCAUGCAGGUCGACCCGGAAACCUUCGCCUCUGCCGAGCGAGAUCACGCUGCUGUUCUAAAUGGAAGCACGAGGUGGAACGGAGACUCAAGCAAAAGGUCAAGCAGAGACACAUCUCCUUCCAGUGACUCAGAGGAGUGGGUCAUCCUACCCAAUGGCCAUGCUUUCGAUGGGACGGGGUCUCCUGCUGUGUCUCCAGGGGGCUCCACAGCCUCGCGUCCGCCUAGACCAGCUCACCCCCCUCCUCCUACUCCUUGUAGAUCGCAACCCUCACCAGCCUCCUCCAGCAGUUCCUCCCCGAGCGAGGUGAGCGAGGUCUCGGCUUCUGACGGCUCCUCUCAGGCCUCUGCUAGCGGGGGUUCUGACCCGCAGGAUGUCUCAGACGGAGCAGCCAGACCGACGCCGGCAGGACCCUCGCAAACAGCUAGCGGGGCCAAACCCGGGACCUCUGCCUCAACAGCUCCUGCCCCAAUCCCAGCCGCUGCUAGAGUCACACCGGUGACCAAUGGCCCUUUACCGCUAGGGUGGGAGCAAAGAGUAGACCAGAAUGGCCGCAUGUACUUUGUGGAUCACAUUGAGAAAAGGACAACCUGGGACAGGCCUGAGGCUCUACCCUCUGGAUGGGAGCGCAGGGUGGACCCCAUGGGUAGGGUGUACUAUGUGGACCACAUCACCCGCACCACUACGUGGCAGCGCCCCACACAGGAGUCUGUGCGAAACUACGAGGAGUGGCAGCACCAGCGCAGCCAGCUGCAGGGAGCCAUGCAGCAGUUCAACCAGAGGUUCAUUUAUGGGCUCCAAGACCAGCUUGCUCCCACACAAAAUAAAGAGUUUGACCCUCUGGGACCGCUUCCACAUGGCUGGGAGAAAAGAACAGACACCACUGGCAGAGUCUACUUUGUUCAUCACCCGACUCGGACCACCCAGUGGGAAGACCCUAGGACGCAAGGGCUGUUGAAUGACAAGCCCUUACCGGAAGGCUGGGAGAUGAGGUUCACCGUGGAUGGUAUACCCUACUUUGUCGACCACAACAGGAGAGCCACAACCUACAUCGACCCUCGCACGGGGAAAUCGUCACUCGAGAAUGGGCCUCAGAUCACCUAUGUCAGGGACUUCAAAGCCAAGGUGCAAUACUUCCGGUUCUGGUGUCAGCAACUGUCAAUGCCUCAGCACAUCAAGAUUACCGUCACCCGAAAAACCUUGUUUGAGGAUUCAUUCCAGCAGAUCAUGAGUUUUCACCCUCAAGAUCUGAAACGGAGGCUGUGGGUUAUUUUCCCUGGAGAGGAGGGUUUGGACUAUGGAGGUGUUGCCAGGGAAUGGUUCUUCUUGCUUUCUCAUGAAGUGCUAAACCCCAUGUACUGUCUUUUUGAGUACGCUGGCAAAGACAACUACUGCCUGCAGAUCAACCCUGCUUCCUACAUCAACCCAGACCAUCUCAAAUACUUCAAGUUCAUUGGACGCUUCAUUGCCAUGGCCCUGUUCCAUGGCAAGUUCAUUGACACAGGCUUCUCCCUACCUUUCUACAAGCGAAUCCUAAACAAACCGCUGGCCCUCAAAGACCUAGAGUCCAUCGACCCAGAGUUCUACAACUCCCUCAUCUGGAUCAAGGACAACAACAUUGAGGAGUGUGGUCUGGAGAUGUUCUUCUCAGUCAACAAGGAAAUCCUCGGGGAGGUCACCACCCACGAGCUAAAGCCUGAUGGAGGGAACGUCCUGGUUACGGAAGAGAACAAGGAAGAAUAUAUCAGGUUAGUGGCAGAAUGGAGGCUGUCCAGAGGAGUGGAAGAACAGACUCAGGCUUUCUUUGAGGGCUUCAAUGAAGUUUUGCCCCAGCAGUACCUCCAGUACUUUGAUGCUAAGGAACUAGAGGUGAUGCUGUGUGGGAUGCAGGAGAUUGACUUGGUGGACUGGCAGAGGAAUACAAUCUACAGACAUUACGCUCGCAGCAGCAAGCAGAUCCUCUGGUUCUGGCAGUUUGUUAAGGAGAUGGACAACGAGAAGAGAAUGAGACUCCUCCAGUUUGUCACAGGGACAUGUCGGCUUCCGAUGGGUGGCUUUGCUGACCUCAUGGGGAGCAACGGCCCUCAAAAGUUCUGCAUCGAGAAAGUGGGCAAAGAAAACUGGCUUCCAAGAAGUCACACGUGCUUCAACCGUCUGGACCUCCCCCCUUAUAAGAGUUAUGAGCAGCUGAAGGAGAAGCUGAUGUUCGCCAUCGAGGAGACGGAGGGCUUCGGGCAGGAGUAACGCAGCAAGGGCAGCAGGGAGAGGACUGGAAAGAGGAACCGAAUCCUUCGUUUGGCCGCCAGCCUUUCAAACUCUUGUUUUUCUUUUCAUAGGUUUCAGGCAGCCACAGCUCUUUUCUUGUUUUACCUGGAGGGAGGCAAGUUGGAGCCUGAAGCUGCCUCUCAUCCAGGAUCCACACACACACACACACACACACACACAGCAGCAAUUAUUCUUCCUCAGUUCAGAUGUCUCAUAACUCUUCAUUGUCCCUCCCACCCUGUGUGUACAGCCCCCCCCCCAAUCGAGUUUGCCUUAAUUUGUUUGCUGGGCCAAUCAGAGAAGAGAUGAAGGCAGAGAAGGGAGUCUUGUCUCACCGUGUCUGGUGUGCGCACCCGUGUGUGUUGUGUGUGUUCUUGUGCAUGUGCACUGUUUGUCGACAGCGCCCCGUCUGUCUCGUUUCUGCAGUAGCACAUCAGUGUCCUCAGCCAGCCCAUCUGGCCUGUACACUUAACUGUCCAGUCUUAAGGCGAAAGAACCAUAUUUGUACAUUUUGAGGGAUUUUUUUGUGUUCUUUGCUGAUA